CAACGGACGGGAUUGAACGGAACGGAUAGGUCUCGGAUAGUAGAGUGCGAAUAGUUCGGGCGCGAAUGUAUUUUCUAUGCUUGCUUUGCUUGUUUGUGCGCGUUUUUGUUCAGAGAAACGAUAAAGUAAGGUGUUUGUUUGAGAGCUUAAGCAGAGAAAAACGACGAAAAGAAGAAACUAGGCUUAAAGCAUAAACCAAAAACAAAAAAAAAAGAAUAUAAACCAAACAAAAAAUAAAAAAGAAAAAAAAAAAAGAAAAUAAAGUCAAGAAAAGAGAAGUUUCAAGUGUCUUGUGUGACUCAAUGAUAUUACUUAAGAAAAUUAAAUGAUCUUUUCUGGACGCGAGAAAGAGAGCAAAGAUCUCUGCUUGAAAUAAGAAAAAUAACUAACUUCUUACGAGCUUUUUUUUUGCUGUUAUUGUUGUUGUUCGUAUUGAGCAUCUCCAGACACUCGUCGUCGAGACCGUAUCUGUAUUUGACGAAAGGAAGAAAGUCAGAGAUCUCUACAUUCCCUAGAUAUAGAAAUAGUGUCGCUAUUAAUUAUUAACGAGUGCAUAUUGAGUGUGUAUCAUCAAUCAUCAUCAUUAUCGUUCUCAUCAUUGAAAAGAAAACAAAUCAAAACGUCGUUGCUCACUAUUCGUUAAAAUAAUUGCAAUUAAUAGAAACUGUAGAUCAUUUAACGGUACAAACAUGAACGUAUCCAUUAGUAGCAAUAUAAAUUUGUGGUAUACCGCGUGUAUCCUAUUGUUGAGCUUUUUGGCUAAUAAAAGUACACAUGCGCAGCGAACACCAACAAUAUCAUAUAUAUCGCAAGAGCAGAUUAAGGAUAUUGGCGGCACUGUAGAAUUCGAAUGUUCCGUACAAUAUGCGAAAGAGUAUUCAGUUCAAUGGACCAAAACUGAUGGUGAACCUGUUUUCUUAUCAUCCGGCUCAACAUUAGUUAUGAGAGAUUCACGUUUCGCAUUACGUUAUGAACCUAGCGCUUCCACGUACAGACUGCAAAUUAAGGACAUUCAGGAAACUGAUGCCGGCACUUAUACAUGCCAAGUGGUUAUAUCAGUGGUAAAUAAAGUUAGUGCAAAUGUGAAAUUAUCUGUACGUCGUCCACCGGUUAUCUCUGAUAAUUCAACGCAAUCGUUAGUGGCUAGCGAAGGUAGUGAAGUACAAAUGGAAUGCUAUGCCAGUGGUUAUCCCACGCCAACUAUUACCUGGCGUCGUGAGAAUAACGCCAUUUUACCAACAGACAGCGCUACUUUUGUUGGUAAUAUAUUGAGAAUCAAGUCAGUGAAGAAGGAAGAUCGCGGUACUUAUUAUUGUGUGGCUGAUAAUGGCGUUAGUAAAGGCGAUCGUCGUAACGUCAACUUGGAAGUGGAAUUUGCUCCCGUCAUAACUGUACCACGUCCGCGCUUGGGACAAGCAUUGCAAUAUGAUAUGGAUCUGGAAUGUCAUAUAGAAGCAUAUCCACCGCCAGCUAUUGUUUGGCUAAAGGAUGACAUACAAUUGUCCAACAAUCAACAUUACAGUAUUUCUCAUUUCGCUACAGCUGACGAAUAUAGCGACUCGACAUUACGCGUCAUAACCAUUGAGAAGCGUCAGUACGGCGAUUAUGUUUGCAAAGCUGUUAAUAAACUAGGCGAGGCUGACGCUAGGGUGAAUCUAUUCGAAACUCCUAUACCCGUUUGUCCACCGGCUUGCGGUCAAGCAUAUUUCGAUGGUGCCGAACAUUUGGCUGGCACUCUAUUUGCCACAAUAGGUUUUUUAGCGGCGUUAUUAUAUAUCAGAUAAAUUCGAUCAGAGAGAUGGCCAGUGAUAGCGAAACAAAACAAAAAAUAAAAACAUUAUAAGAGAAAAAGAGCAAUUCAGGCUAUUUGUGGUUAGAAAAAAGUGAUUAAAGCAAAAACAAUCAGCAUUAAUUAUAAAUAUUAUAUUAAAAAAAAAAAAAAAAAUUCUUUAAACAUAAAAUCCCAAGACAAGCUUUGAAUUUUGUGCUGAGUUUAAAUUUUAAGUUUUCAUUAUAUAAACAAAAAAAUGAAAAAAAUAAUUCUAUAUUUAAUUAAAAUAAAAAAAAUUGAAUAAUACCUUAAACCUUAACCCGUCCGUGGCAACGUAAAAUGACUUCUUUAAGAAUUUUUUAUUCCAUAUUUUAAUUCCUUAUUUUUUACGAUAGCGAAUUUUUUUCUCUUUUAAAUACCCUUUAAUAAAUUUUAUCGUUUUCUUCUACUCUUUUUUAAAGUACAACAACUAUUAAUAUCUCAUAUAUAUAUAUAUAUACAUAUAUAUAAACUUUUUUUUUUUAGUUUUCAGUUAAAACAUCACAAUAAUAAACUACUGUGUAAACCUUAGAUUUCGUUUUUUUUUUUAUUGAAAAAGAAAAA